GCAGCAAGUCUAUCCACUUCGAAACGCUGUGCUGGGCGGACGUGUUUCACAUUUGUCUGUGAUAUCAUUUCCACCUCGAAUAAGAAACGAUGUCGAAAGCAUCAGCAGUUGGUAUUGAUUUGGGCACGACCUACUCAUGCGUGGGAGUGUUCCAGCAUGGCAAGGUCGAGAUCAUCGCCAACGACCAGGGCAACCGCACGACGCCCUCAUACGUCGCCUUCACCGACACAGAGCGUCUGAUUGGUGAUGCUGCCAAGAACCAAGUGGCCAUGAACCCCACCAAUACUGUCUUUGAUGCCAAGCGGUUGAUCGGUCGCAAGUUCGACGAACCUACCGUCCAGAGCGACAUGAAACAUUGGCCAUUCACUGUUGUCAAUGACGGCAGCAAACCGAAGAUCUCCGUUGAGUACAAGGGUGAAACGAAAACUUUCACUCCUGAGGAGAUCUCCUCAAUGGUGCUCACCAAGAUGAAGGAAACCGCUGAUGCUUAUUUGGGUGUUAACAUUAAGGAUGCCGUCAUUACAGUGCCUGCCUACUUCAACGAUUCUCAGCGACAAGCCACCAAGGAUGCCGGCACAAUUUCUGGCCUCAAUGUCCUCCGUAUUAUCAAUGAGCCUACAGCUGCAGCUAUUGCCUAUGGCCUUGAUAAGAAGGUUGGUGGUGAACGAAACGUGCUGAUUUUUGAUCUGGGUGGCGGCACUUUCGACGUUUCAAUUUUAACUAUUGAAGACGGUAUCUUCGAAGUGAAGUCCACUGCUGGUGAUACCCAUCUUGGUGGUGAGGAUUUCGAUAAUAGGAUGGUCAACCAUUUCAUGCAGGAAUUCAAACGCAAGUACAAGAAAGAUCUUGCGGAGAAUAAGCGUUCCCUCAGACGGUUGAGGACUGCAUGCGAGCGUGCCAAGCGUACCCUUUCUUCGUCUGCUCAGGCAAGCAUCGAAAUCGAUUCCUUGUUCGACGGUAUUGAUUUUUACACAUCAGUCACCCGCGCUCGAUUCGAAGAAUUGUGCGCUGAUCUUUUCCGCGGCACCCUCGACCCCGUUGAAAAGUCACUCAGAGAUGCGAAGCUCGACAAGGGUCAAAUUCAAGAGAUUGUUCUUGUUGGUGGCUCCACCCGCAUCCCUAAAAUCCAGAAGCUGUUGCAAGACUUCUUCAAUGGUAAAGAGUUGAACAAGUCCAUCAACCCUGAUGAGGCUGUUGCUUAUGGCGCCGCCGUCCAGGCUGCCAUUCUCAGUGGUGACAAGUCCGAGGCUGUCCAGGAUCUGCUUCUUCUCGAUGUUGCCCCAUUGUCAAUGGGUAUUGAAACAGCUGGAGGCGUCAUGACUGCUCUCAUCAAGCGUAACACUACCAUUCCUACUAAGCAGACUCAAACUUUCACCACCUACUCCGACAACCAGCCCGGUGUGCUCAUCCAGGUUUACGAAGGCGAGCGCGCCAUGACCAAAGACAACAACCUCCUCGGCAAGUUCGAGCUCACAGGCAUCCCUCCUGCCCCUCGGGGCGUGCCUCAAAUUGAAGUCACGUUUGAUAUCGACGCCAAUGGCAUCUUGAACGUGUCUGCUGUCGACAAGUCCACCGGCAAGGAGAACAAGAUCACCAUUACUAACGAUAAGGGUAGACUUAGCAAAGAGGAGAUUGAGCGCAUGGUGCAGGAUGCCGAGAAGUACAAGAAUGACGACGAUAACCAGCGCGAGCGUAUCUCCGCCAAGAACGGCCUGGAGUCUUACUGCUUCAACAUGAAGUCGACCGUCGAAGAUGACAAGGUCAAGGAUAAGAUUUCUGAAGAGGACCGCAAGAAGAUCAUGGAAGCCUGCGAUGAAGCCAUCAAAUGGCUGGACGGUAACCAGUUGGCCGAGAAGGAAGAAUAUGAACAUAAGCAGAAGGACAUUGAGAAGGUCUGCACUCCCAUUAUCACGAAGUUGUACGGCGGUGCUGCCGGGGGCAUGCCUCCUGGUGCAGCUGGCGCUGGUGCUCCUCCUCCAGGUGCUGGAGCUGGUGGCCCCACCAUUGAGGAAGUCGAUUAAUUAUUAUUCCGCCUUUUUAAUGUCAGCAAUGCUUCCAAUUGUAGAUUGUCAAUUGUUUAGCUUCAUUUUCCAUCUGCACAGUUUUAACAUUGCAUUAAUGGGCAAAGAUACUUUCAUUUUUACUACGGAAGCUAAUUUUUCAUUCAUUAAAAUACCAGUUGAA